AUGUCCCUCCUUGGGAAGUUCCUUUACGUCACGAUCCUCCUCCUUAACGCCAUCUGCAUCCCCUCCGAAGACCGUUUCCUCGCGCGUGUCGGUCUUGCCCCGGCGACGUACCAGCGUGGCUUUGGUCAAGAUGCCGACAGCAGCGUCAAGUACAAGUACCCCUGA